AUGCGAGCCUGGCAUGUGCUGAUUUGGCCCCUGCCGACGUAUCUAUGCAGCGAAUGCAUUGGUGACUGUGCGAGCGAGUGCAAAGCCAGAUAUGAGGCGGACUUCGACCACUUCCGGCGGAUGUCCUUCGCCCAGUUGCACACGCAUGAAAGGGGCGUGCCCAUGCACGAGAAGUUCCCGGGCUUUCUGUCCGCGGAAGAAGUGAACCGACUGAAGCACAGCGCGGAGAAGCUGGAGCAGGACCGGCAGAAGGGGGCGGAGCUGGAUGCGAUCUUUGCAGAUGCCACGCAAAAGAUCCUGACCUGCUGGUCCUCCGGCGGCCGCUUCUGGUACCUGGAGACCGACCGGGGCAGCGGCACGCUCUGCGUGCCGGAGCUCUGCAGCGCCGGAGACGUGGAGACGGCGGUGGCGCAGAGCUUCCUGGCGCGGGUGGCCACAACGGACCACGAGGCGUUGGCCACGGCGAGGGAGUUGUCGCACUGGGCGGAUUUGGCCCUGGACUUUGUGGUGGUCGGGAUGGACGGCUGCGCCAGCACCGCGCUGCACCGGUUCCUGCACAGCCACACCCAGGUUGCCUUCACCAACUUGUCCUUGUUCAACGUGGAUGAGGACUUCUUCCUGCAGGAGCUUGGGCGCCAGACCCUGCCCUUCGCCAGCCAAGUGCAGCGUUUGCAAGACUUCCACGAGCGGCUGAGCCAACAGCGAGGAGGACGGAUCGUGGGCCUGUACCAGCCCUACAUUUGGACAGCGGAGACGCUGCUCAGGGCCUUGGCGUACAAUCCGGGCCUCAAGGUCUUGUUGACGCUCUGCGACCCGGUGGAUCGCUUUGAGCGGCGGAUGCACGGCCAGUGGAAGCCCACGGCGGAGACGGUGCGCGAGGCCUUCUACGCGCAGCUGCCGGACGAGGCGUCCGUGGAGCUGGUGGAGAAGUGGCGCGCUUGGGCGGGCUAUGGCGAUCGAGUCCUUCUUCUGGAAAAGCAUUCGCUGGAUUCUCCAAACACUAUCCAACGGCUGGCGCGCUUCCUGGGUCUCCGCGCAUAUCCCAAGAAGAAGCGCUUCCAUCGCUACAACGCGCGCGGAAGUCGAUCUAGCCUCUGCAAGCACAGAGACCUUGUGCAAGACUUGAAAGAGCGCUUCUCAGCUGAGUACACCUUCCUGCAUGAGCUCUUCGGCGGAGACAGAUUUCAGCACAGGCAGACCGCCUGCGACAGGCUGGAAGAUGUUGGAGCGCAGUGCGUCAAGGAGAGAUGCUCCUAGCCUCGCAUGAAGCUGGCCUCCGAUGUUGCCAACGUCCAGAUCUUCCACCACGAAGCCCCUGAAUCACUGAAGUGAUCUCGCCUUCUCCCUCCCCCACUUUGCCGGAUGUGACACACAGCAGCCGGCCCCUCGCGCGGAGCGCCGAGAUCACGAAAGGCUUUGACCAGCUCUGCGUGAACAUCCUGGACUUUCCUCGAUGCUAUCCUCGCGUCAAUGGCGACCGCAAAAGCCUGUAGCAUCCUGUGGCCUCUGAAUUCGGCUGAGACGCAACAGGGAUCAUUGCAGCAUAUUGCAGCAGGACA